UAUAAUGUUACUUUAAUAGUCCUCCUCUCGCGUAGUUGCUGUCAUUAAGAACUUCCUGCUCACUCUGUGUUUUAUUUUUAAUUAUUAUGUCCCGUAAUUCACUUCACAGUAACCACUCAACCAACAGAUGGAGCAGUUUUUCCAGUUCCUGGAAUUGUAGUUUUCUCUAGAUCAGGACGUAUUGUACUUGUAUUUUUGUUCAGCUAGAAAUAUGAUCGUUCAUUUGUCCUCCGCGAAACAUUCGCACGAUUUAGUCGUUCCAAUCGAUAAAAGAUGUAAUGUUCUUUUCUCUACCAACAUCGAAGAGUUUGAUCAUAUAAUUUGGUGGAAGGGUCUUUUAAUUCAAGAAAUUUUCAUAUGCUGUCAUACGUUCACCGUCCAAGUGAGGAAGAACACAGAACGAUCGCUUUUGGAUGAUACUAUCAACGGACUUACUGAUAAAAAAACUUUGAGACGUCUUUCUGUGGAACAAGCAAGACAACAACAACAGCAAGAAGAUAAAGAAGAUGAUGGUAUAUUAUAUACGACAGAUACACUUUUAACUCGGGAGCAGAUUGAGGAAACUGGAGCCAUUCUUUUCAAGCAUUCACGUAAGAAGAUAUCGAAUGUAGUUCUUGGAAUGUACGUAAUGAAAUUGCUUUACUGUUAUAUUCUACCUCGUUUGUUAAUAACUCUAGAAGACCUUCCAUUUCUAAAAGCACUGCAACAACUCAUAAAUAAGGAAUAUUUUGUCAUUCAAAAGGAAAUUAUGGAUAAUGAUUGUAAAAUUCUGCAAACGACAAACGAACUCGCUAAAAAACGAGAGAUAUUGUGUUCUUUCACCGAACCUCACCAAGACAGCUUCUUUGCUGCUAUUGACAAAUCGUUUCUGGAGACCCUUCGUUCACAUUUUAUUAACGAUUUAUCUUACAUGGAAGAACACUAUAUGGCAUCACAAAUGCAGAUAAAGGAGUCGAAAAACAAUUCGGAUAAAAGAAAUACCUUGUAUUUUGAGCAAAUGGAAAGUCAAAGAAUUAUUGAACGGACACAGAGAUGGAAAAAAAUAUUAACAAAAAUCAACCACAGACUCAGAGAACCCCUGAAACAGUCUAAAAGGAAAAGUAUAAAGUUGGAAAAUAAUAUACUGGAACUUUGUGAUUACUCAAAAAUUUUCCAAGAUGUUAAAGAGUGCAAAAUGAAAAUGAAAAUGGAUUGCUUUUACAAAAUUAAAAUUCUUGCUAUUGGCGAAUUGAUUAAAACAUCUGUUUACGAAGUUGAAACAUUUUGCGAAUCUUUAGGGACCAGUAAUAAGAGGAAUACUAUUUCCAGCUUUUUGGUAACUUACGACCAUGAUGUGUCUUCACAUUGGCAAACAUGCGAAGAGAAAAUUCUUAUUGUUUUAACGAACCAUAAUGAAAUUCGACAGAAGCAUUUAGACUUUAUUAGCGAAAUAAACGGAAAGGUUUCUCUUUCCCUGUCGGACGAUACUAUCUUCAGAUUAGCAGACACUGAUCGGUUCGAUGUAAAAAGUUGUGAUAUUGUUGGCCAAGCUGAAAAUCUAGCUGGAAGAUUUGGUCCCGGAGAAGAAAGUAGUUUCCCGCAACCGUUCAGUGAACUUACAGAGUUGACAUUUAUGCAACUCAAAGAGAGGAUUUCUGAACAUGUCUAUCAAAUGCACGAGGAAUUAAUCACAAUUUCAGAACUUGAAAAGAGCGAACAAAAAAUGAUAUUUGUUAUAUAUGAAGAUCUGUUAUUUAACGAAAUCAUGGAAGAUUUAUACAAAUUGUCCAAGAUUGCCUGUAAAUCUUAUUGCAGGUGCAUUUGGGAAAAAGUGAGUACUUUGCCUUUUAGUAGUUUGCCUAUAAGCGAAGUAUUUACGAAGAUUGAAAAACGAAUGUCGAGGUUAAGUCGUUAUCACAGAAGCAAAAGUAUAUUCGAUUUUCAAAACUCUUUCCCCUCUCUUAGUUUUGAAUCUGCUUUGAAAUCCAAGUCGGUAUCAACUCUGUAUAAGGUGGCCGACAUAGAUGAACAAUGCCAAAUGCUUCAGACACUUGAUUUAGAAACGAAACCAACAUCGAAAAGAAACAGUUCCGUUUACGUAAGACGUGACACAAUAACCCUUGAAGAAUUCUGCGAACACUUCAAACCGGCCUUGAUGAAUAUCAAGGAAAUUUUAAAAUCUCCUACCAUCCUGUCAAAGCUUCAUGCCAUUCAACUGUCAGUAAAAUGCAUAUCUAAUUGCAUCCUUGAUAACCAGAAAAGGCCUGCCACGGCUGACGAUAUAAUUACUUCUUUGUGUGGAUUACUUAAGUCACUCAAUAAGGAACAGUUCCAGACAUUGUGCUAUCAGUUGGCGUUGGUGGACAUUUUUAUUCCACAGUCACAUCGGAUUGGACCCUAUGGUAACUCCCUAAUUCACUUUAACUGUUCAUUACAGGCUCUCUAUAUUGAGAGUUGUAACGAAAUUAGGCACCACGCCCAGUUCUGAUUAAUUAACCAUAUUUUGAAUCGAAUCUUCAUAUGUAUUCUUUACAUUAAUUAACAUCAUUCACACACUCCCAUGUUCAGUGUGUGUGUGUGUGUGUGUGUGUCAACGUUUCAUUGAUUUAUAAACUAUCGAAACAUUCAAGAGAACAUACAAUAAUUCACCUUUUGGAACAGUGAAUCUCGAAGCACGUAAAUCUAUAAACAAUGGCAUGUAAAUGUUGGGUUGAAAAAACCCUAUUGGGCUGAAAAAUAUAUACAUUAUAUUAUUUAUAACAUAAAGUGCUUCGAUAUCCUCUAUUCCCCAAAAGAUUAUGUAUGUACUGUAUUUUAACGUGUAUAAGGAACCCGUUUUUGUAAAAAUUGGUUAAAAAAAAUAUGGGAGCUUCUUAUACAUGGAUAGUAUUAUAAUGCUUUAUAAAACCUUUCUUCCAAAUUUUAAGCCCCUAAAAUUAGGGGUUUCCAUAUACACGUUAAAAUACGGUAUGUAUGGCGCCAAACACUGCCGUGCUUAUAAUUAUAAUUUUGGAAAAUGCUUGUUAAUAAACUAAAUAUAAAGAAA